AUGGAACUUUUGAUGGAAUAUGACAGUGAUAGUGACUCUGGUGAGGCUAAUACACAAGAGUUGGAAAAUGGUAGUCGCUCAGUGUAUUUUAUUACGUAUAGUCAAGCCGAUAAAGCAGUAUUUCCAACACGGAAAGACUUUGCUUUAGGAGUUGAGAAGUCCUUUUCGACUGGCAGAGCUAAGGUCGUGCAAUGGUGUUGCUCAGAGGAGGAACACAGAAACAAAGGAAAACACUACCAUAUAGUGGUAAAGCUUACACAAAACCAACGAUGGCUCACCUCUAAGAGGUUCCUAAUGGAAAAUUACGGCGUAAGUGUCCGCUACUCGAGUGCCCAUCACGACUAUUACAGUGCAUGGAGAUAUGUCACGAAGUCGGAUAAAGAUUUUGUACAAAGUGAAAACCACCCCCGUCUACGAGAGGCUCCUAAACCAAAAACGACUAAUGCGAGCCGGGCCAGGUGCAGCAAGAGGAAAAUGAAACGUCCAGCCCGAUAUUCUAGUGCCCAGGACACCUUGCUCGAAGAUGAAGACGAAGAAGGAGAGAGGCCAUCCGCCAGGAAACGCAAAAAAAGACUAACAGCAUUCGAGGUGUCGCAGAUCAUGUAG